UAUUUUGUAAAGCACUUCGUUUUUAUCAUCAAAUAAAAUAAUUUUUUUAUUUAUCAAACGAAAAUCUCAUUAUUCAAAACCUGAACGCGACAUAAAACAUGGGGCUUAAAUUACCGGAAGUACUAAAAAGGCCGUACUAACUUUAAAACGUAACGGCGUUUUUUCCAAAUCGCAUUUAUUAAAGAUCAUUGAAUAUAUUUAUCAAAACCUGAACGCGACAGUAAAGAUGGAAGCUAAAAUUACCGGAAGUACUCAAAUUGCGGUACUAACUUCAAAAAGUCGUUUUUUUUUUCCUAAAUCGCAUUUAACAAAGAUCAUCGAUUAAAAACGAAGUGCUUUACAAAAUAAAAAAUUUAAUCAGAAAAGAAUAACAUUUUAAAUCAAAUCAUGAGUUGGUUACAUUGCAAUAAGUGUGGUGUUCAAAAAUCCUCAAGUAACACUGUGAAAUUUUUCUGUGGAUCUUGUUGUCAUGUGCUUUGUGACAAAUGCAAUAAAAUUUUAAAAGUUUGUCCAAUCGACAAACGCCCUUUCAAUGGCGUCGAAAUAAAUGCAUCGAUGCCACAAAAAAUGCGCAUCUACUUUGAAGACCCAGAUAAAUUGCUUACGAAUUAUCAAAAAGUCGUAAGAUUUCAGUGUGAACAACGUGAUUCGAUUGAGUCGUUUGAAUUUCCAAAUACUGAAGAUAUACAAAAAUUAAAGGAUGAAAUAGCUCUACUAACCAAAUAUAAGGAAAGAACAAUUAAGAGCAAUGAAAAGUAUGAGAAGUCUAUUGCCCAAAUGAAAGCUUACUUUAAGCAUCUAGAUCGGAAGGAGUCAGAUCAGUCUGUUCAUUCGGUAUCAUUGAAUACAACAGCUUCAACUUCUGCAAUGAGUCUCAAUGAUUCAAGUCUUCAAGAGGAUUCAGGAGACUUGUAAAUUCUCUUGUUUUCUUUACAGUCAGUAUGGAUUCUCAAAGUUUCUACAAACCGGAUGGGACACUAUAAUUUUCUAUUAUGUUUUUUUUUUUUUACCGGAAAGGUCAUUCAUUAUGUUAAAAUAUGUAAAAUUGUAUUCAAAAGGAAAAUAAAUAUGAAUUAC